AUGCGGCGAGACCAACCAAUUCGACCAGAAGAGACACGACGGCGACGGUGGUUCAGUCGGACGGCAGGUUCAGCAGUCCAUUCAGAGGGUGGUCGUCCCGGAUUUGGGCUGGCUUUUUCCCGGUCCCGCCCCGUCGCCGUCGGGAAAGCCUCCACGGGGGGUCUGAACAACUUGCCCGAUCCGGAUGUCUUGAGUUUUCACAUAUUAAAUAGUGUGACUCGGCUGCGGCUCAGCCAGCCGGACUCCCGGCCACACUUGCCGGAAUCCGCACUGAUUGCCGACUCCACGUUCCUGCAAGUUAGUACAAUGGAUCAACUAGUUCGUGCUUCGGGAUUCAAUCAAGACGAGAUAGCUGGUCAAUGCCAACGAUUCCUAGAUCUUCAUAGGUAUCUUGUCGACCCAGAAAAAGCAUUCCACGAUUUCUUCGAUGUUGUCGGAUUGAAAACGAUCGAGGAGCAUCUCGACCAUCUUGAGACGCUGUGCAGGAAAUUAAAACAAGACACCGACGAUUUUAGUGUGCUCUGGUGUGAACUUCUCACGAGGGAUGCGACUUUCAAAAACAUUCAACUAAUCUGGGAAACCGAGUCUGACCGAUCCCUUGAAGAGAAUAUUUCCCAACUUGCUUUCCUUCAGCAGUACCCGAGGCUUUCUCAAAAUUUUCACGCGACUCACGAGCAAAGAAUCCAGGCACUCCAAUCUUCCAACUCGCUGGAGGCCGAGGCACUCUUUGUAUCAAAAGGAUCGACAUUUGAUCAAGAAAGUACAGCUGCUCAAUGGCAGCGUUUCCUAAAUCUUCAUCUGGAGCUAGUCAACCCAGAAGAAUCAUUCAAAGAUUUCCUGGAUAUUGUCGGGUUGAAAACUCUCAAGGAGCAUCUCGAUCAUCUUGAGAGUCUCUGUGACACUUCAACCCACGUAUCAAGGACCAAGUUCGGUCGACUGUGGAGCGGACUUCUCAACAGGACAAUGAAAUUCCGUACCUUGCAAUCGGGUUUAGGCACCAGAUCGGAUCAGUCUCUUCAAGCGCAUAUUUCUCAACUUGCUUUCUUGCAGCAGCACCCAAGGAUUUCUCAAGAUUUUGAAACCACUCAUCAACAAAGAGUCGAGGCACUGGACUCCUCGACGUCUCAGGAGGCUGAAGCAUGUUUCGCGCGAAGACCAAACUCUGAAACUCUGCAAGCCGAAAUCGUGGCAGAAGGAUACGAUCGAACGUACUCAAAUGCCGAACGCAUAGUGAUUCCGACGCUUAAGAUUCUCCAAGAUUUUGCUGCUGCUUGGUUACCUGCCAAAUACGUGGCUCCUUAUACAGCACUCAUCGCACCCUCGCUUAACGGGAAAACUCGGCUAUUGAAGGAGCUAUCGAGACAUAUUUGUGUUGUGUAUAUCUGUAUCCGCCCCGACAAAUCAACUGGAUACCCGCCGCGAUCCGAAUGGGCUUAUCGCAUACUAAUCGACGUAGAACGAAAAUCCCUCGAAAAACAAUAUGAGCUUUUGCUGCUUGCUAUCCUGAAUGUCGUGGCCACUUUCUUUGAGAAACAAAAAAGUCAAAUGGCUACAAGUGAUCGAAUGGAAUCAUGGAUUAAUCAUAGCUUUCCCAAAAACCAUCGAAGCGGUGACCCACCCUUUUGGCUAGAUGUCCAGAAGCAAAUGGAGAGUCUUACAAUGUUGUCUGAGAAAGAGAGUGCCGGACGCUUGAAGGGCGCAUUAAGCAGGAUGAAGAAGAGUACCAGCUUCUUAGGACCAACCGACCUUAACCUGCUUUUGGCAAUCGACGAAGCCAGCCAAUUACUCCACAGCAGAGAAUCACCUGACGAUUGGACAUUUUUCCGUAUUCUCCGACGCACGCUAGCUAAAAUACCAUCAGCAAGCGGGGUUUUUGCAAUCCUUGCAGACACUACUUCUCAAAUCUCUAAUUUCACUCCACCGGGAAACCUGGAUCCCAGCCACAGGCCCGGCAAGCCUGGGCUAGCGCUUUUUGACCCCAUCUAUCAGGUCGCCACCUUUGAUAUACUAGUCUCUGCUCCGCCCACAACAUGGCAGCAACUGCAAUCAGCAUUCCGACUCCUACGCUAUGGCAGUCCGUUUUUUGGUGUGUAUGUUGAUGUUGCCAGUGAAAAACAAGGCGCCGAGGGAAUCGUGCAAGACUUGAUCCAUUUUGCCCUUGAAAAGCUUCUUGGCUUGACAGAUAGGUCUAUUGACCCUUCUUCCCUGACCAAUUCGCAAGCGAUCGCCUUACUUGGCUCCACCAUACAGCCGCAGCUGUAUGGAGCGUCACAUCUGAAUGUCCGUCUAGUUGCUAGUCAUGCUGCGCAGUGCCUGUUUAUCGACCCAUCGCGCCAGUUUCUCAUAAGUGAAUAUCCAUCUCAAAUUGCUUUUUCCUCAGCGGCCAAUCAAUAUCUAGCAAUAGAUGAGGCCAGAUUGAUACGAUGCAUUGAAAUCCUGACCUUUACUCGUCAGCAAGGUCAUGUUGGCCCGGGGGAUAUUGGCGAGCUAGUUAGUCGUGUUGUCCUACUGCGAGCAAUGCAAGAAACGAUGAGGAAGAACCAACCAAAACCAGGUGAAGAACCACAUCCGGAAAAGGUCGUUAUGCCAUUUGGGCAUCCGGUUCGGUUGGUAGACUUCUUAAAAACCUUAACCGGCUUGAAUCGAAGUCAAUUAAAGCUCGGUUCAAUCACUACAACAAACAAAAAGAAACUCUUAGAUGAUGGUCAACUCUUUUGGAAUCAUUUCGUUUGCAUCGAACACACACCCAAUUCGGAGGAUUUUUUGAGUCAGUUACACCGAGGCGCGGCGGUCCAAUGUAAACCAAAUCAACGCGGAUUUGAUCAACUGUUUCCAAUUUACCUAUUGCCAAAGGGCCAGGAACGAUUGGACAAGAAAAACAUCACAUUUUGUGGGAUUCAGGUCAAGAACAAGAUGCAAACUGAAAACUUAGCGGUUGACUCUGACAAGUGGACCCCCGAUUUCGCGAAAAUCGACUGCAAUGAAAAAAAUCCGUAUCUCGUGCUUUUCUUUAGUCUGAGGGACUCGAAAACGGACCUCAUUCCCAUACCUGUCAAUCCCGAGAGCAAAAUAGACUUGGGACGACGGGCAUCUCAGGCAUUCUACAGUUUGAGUUCUUUUAAGUUUUUGUCUGAAGGUCUCAAAAAGGCUUUGACGGAGCUGAUAAAUACCCACCCAAGCGUCUCACUGCUUCACAGUAAAUCUCUUCCCGACACGAAAGCCUAUGCAAAAACAGUUUCUCCAUUAGUUUCUUCCACACAAAAUCAAAAACGGAAAAGGUGAUCCUUGCAGACUGUUAUUUUCAAUCUGUUGUUUUCUGAUGUUGCUUCUAAUAAAUAUACUAGCUUUGCUGUGGUCUACUGAAUUGACCCACU